AUGGUCAAGGGAGAUGGGAAUUAUUACAGUCACAUCAGGGAUGAUGGAGAUAUCCUCAUGUUUGUGGCUCAUCAUUUAGUGCCGGAGAACGCCUCCUACAGCCUCAGCUCUGAAAGCGACUCGGGUGCUGAGUUGGACGGUUACCCACCCAGUGGACACACGUCGGAAAAAUCUCAGAAGCGGACCGACAGUUCAGACUCUCCCAGUAUGUCAUCGUCGUCGUCGUCACCCAAUCAGAGCUCAGAACGUAAGCCAGCCCAGUUGGCCCUAGCAGACGAAAAGUCAAUGUCUACCCUGCAAACACCUCUCGAAACUUGAUAAUGAAAGUGCGCCCUUUAUUUCAAUCUAGUUGUCUCACUGACUCUGCCUGUCUGUGUCAGCUAUGGGGAAUUUUCUUUUUUUCUUAUUUACAACGCAUUGUACAUUCUAGACAAUCCUUCCAGAAUAUCGAAACAAUAAAUGUUUGAAGAAGAUCACAAGAACGCCCCUUUCCUCACUGCCUCCAGUUUGAAGAGUUUGAUGAACUAAACAGGCGUCACUCAUUCAAGGCGGGCUUAAGGAGAGAAAAGAUGAAUUGGAUGAAAAAUUAUAUGACGAACACUUAUUUUACCGAAAUUUAGCUUAGGGCCCCGUAAUACGGAACGUCCUUAUUUACGUGUACGAUCGGUGAUGUGGGCAUGUAUGAAACCCUCACAAAAGGCGAUUUCCGCAAAUACUCGCAUGUUACACUCGAAAAGUCACGUUAGGAAACACAUGUUUUAGGUAAUUCGUCAUCAGACCAACUCAUUUACCUAGAAAUGGAAAAUGUGAGCAAUUUACAGGGUUUAUAAGUGUCUCAGGGAUUAUAAACACUUAUCGCUCCCACGCCACCCGCAUGUCGAGUUCGGCGUGCUAUGACCCUUUGGGCAAGGGAGGGGGUGGCAUAAGCUGUGAGUGAUGUUUGUAAGUCAAAUUCGUGCAGUACACAUCGCUGUAAUGAGGGGGGUCGGGGCGGCGUGCGAUAACCAUCCGGGAUCGGCGUUGGCCACAGAAGAUAGAGCGCCCGUUUCAACGUCUUCUGACAACACAGCACUGGGUUCGCUAGUCGUAUAGCUACCAGCCCGGCUGUAGCUGGCACUCGUUUGUGUCGGCCCUUGGGGAAGUUUGCUGGUGUCCAUCAGACAACUUAAAAGGGCUUCUUUUGCAUCGACCCCGUGUUUCGCAUCGACUAGAUGUGCGAGAAUAGAACUCGAAAUGGAUUUAUUUUCAGCACCGCCUGGCCAGGCCGGUAUGUGUUCAUGUGCUCUCUUUUUCAGGAGUCUCGUUGUACACCCAAUGCGUCCCGCUCCACAGGGGCAAGUAAAUGAGUAAAUACACAUCGAUGUGGCCUGCGGCGGUAGUCUCUCUUUACCUCCAAAGCGUAGGAGGGAAGAGUUUUUGAACCAUAUGCGCGACUUCGCCGGGAGGAAAACGCUAGUGAUCUCUGUCAUCGGACGCCGUCUUACUAGUUCGCUUGCUGCGUCCCUUGGAAUAGGCAGUCUUACAAACAAGUCAUUUUUGUCUGCAUUUACCAUGCUAGGCUUUGUGGAGCGUUGCCCAAUAUUUCGGAGGGCAUCCGCUUUCGCGAAGUACAUAAGUUCAUACAUUGGUAGAGGAGCACUCACCGAUUGUUCUUAGGGAAUCCACUCGUCCUGUUGUGUCUUACGGGCUCUCUCUCGAGCCCAACCAGCAGUCGUUCAGCGGCGCAUGAUAUAGGCAGAAUGUCAUUACCGAGAAAGACAACAGAGACUGGAAUGGCCAUUUCUGGCUUAUUAGCGUCGUCAGCCAGUCCGGCAGUUUCUGGCUUAUUAGCCGUCUUCGGCCAGUCAUACCCAACGGCGAAGUGUGGGACACCUGGGGUUCGAUCCCGCGACCUGUUAGAUAGAAGUCCAACGCCUCUAACCACUGGGCCACGAGCUCGUUGUCCUGUUUAGCCAAAUGGCAGCGUAGGAAAAGACCUUCUGCAGAAAUUCAUCUAUUUUCUGUGUCUCCUUGCUGUACGACUUGUGUGUUUCCCACCCGUAAAACCCCCUCUACCACCAUUUAACGUAUGACACGCUCUACAGGCUAACGCAAGUUAGUUGGGGGGUCCUACACCCUAUCGUUGUCGGUGCAUCUUACUUACCAUCGAGCUGUAAGGACUUGUUCACCCAGGCCGCCUAGGUACGGGUCUCGCCGUGCCAGCCACCUGCGCCUUCCAUGCCUCCAGCUUUCUUGACUCUGUCUUGACACUGUGCCCAGGUAAGAAGUGGGGAAGAGAGAGAGAGAGAGAGAGAGAGAGAGAGAGAGAGAGAGGUAGAUACUGCACAAGUCUACUAACAAGUCUAAUCUAACUCCCUCACAAGCCACCGUCCCCGCUGCGCCUUGCUCUGGAGCACACGGUGGACAUCGUCGAAAUCGACGGUCGAACUGUCGCCUCGGACAGUGCCAAGUGACCUGCUGUGCAUUGUCCUCGAAAAUAAGGCAGACUCAUUAAGUCACUGCAGAGGAAAAUAAGCGCAGUCAUGACUUCGCGGUCAAAUAUAAGGGGAAGCCGUGUGUUGCCGGCGAAGGUGGACAGGAAAUGGCCAUGGCCAGUGGUCGGAGCCGACGUGCGGCGUCCGCAUCUCACCGUAUUAAUUCACCUAACCGAGUGUGGUUUGAUUUCCCUUUACUGUAGUGAAAACAGGCAUGCCCAUGCAGUAGUGUAAUACAGACUUACUAGCAGAGAGGCGAAAAAAGACAAACAGAAAGAGGAGGAGGAAGAAGAAGAAGAAGUAGACGAAGAAGAAGAAGAAGAAGAAGAAGAAGAAGAAGAAGAAGAAGAAGUAGACGAAGAAGAAGAAGAGUGAUAAGAAAAAGAAGAAUAAGAAGAAGAAGUAGACGAAGAAGAAGAAGAAGAAGAAGAAGAAGAAGAAGAGUGAGAAGAAGAAGAAGAAGAGGAGGAGAAUGAGGAGGAAGAAGCAGAAGAAAAAGAGGAGGAGGAAGAAGAAGAAGAGGGAGUGCGGUUUGACUUCCCCUUACCGUAGCGAAAACGGAUAUGCCCAGGCAGUAGUCUAAUACAGACUUACUAGCAGACAGGCGAAAAAGACAAACAGAAAGAGGAAGAAGAAGAAGAAAAAGAAAAAGAAAAUAAAAAGAAGAAAAAGAAAAAGAAAAAGAGAAGGAAGAAGAGAAGGAAGAAGAAGAAGAAGUAGAAGAGAGGAGGAGGAAGAAGAAGAAGAAGAAGAAGAAGAAGAAGAAGAGGAAGAAGAAGAAGAAGAGGAAGGAGGAGAAGAAGAAGAAGAAGAAGAAGGAGAAGAAGAAGAAGAAGAAGAAGAAGAAGAAGAAGAAGAAGUAA